UCCCGACAUUCAGCCUUCAUAGAAAUGUUCUGAAGAUAACAUACAGUCAUGAUUUCGUAUUAAGAAACGAAAGUGGGAAUUUACGCUGAGACAUGUGACAUCACGUAUAUGCGCUAAAUGGUUGGUCCUGUACUAUUGUCGCCAUGGACAAGGAAGCCUUAGUAUUAUUCUACAUUGUCAAAUCCAUUUGUCCGUUUGUUGGAGAUAUAUCUGCACAGAUAAUAUACAACAUACAACGUAUCAUGCAGCCUAAAAGACAAUUUGAGGAAGAUGAAGAAAAACAGUCUGACGACCAGCUUUCUAAACCAAAGAUUCAGAAAUACAUGGGGACAGAGGAAAAAGAUGGUCAAACUAUUGGGAAACAAACUGAAGAUGCCGCAGGAGUUGACCGAAUACAACAUAAAGAGAUCAUGCAACUUAAAAGACCACUUAAGCAAGCCGAAGAAAAGCAGUCCGACGACCAGCCUCCUCAACAAAAGUUUCAGAAAUGCAUGCGGACAGAGGAAAAAGACGGUAAAAAGAAUAGGAAACAGAAAGAGUGUGACCGAAUACAACAUGAAGAGGAAACAGAAAGACAAAAACAUGAAGAAAGAAGGAAACAGGAAGAAACAAGAAAACAGGAAGAAACAAGAAAAAAGGAAGAAAGAAGAAAACAAGAAGAACAAAGGAAACAGGAAGAGACAAGAAAACAUGAAGAAAGAAGAAAACAGGAAGAAAAAAGAAAACAGGUAUUACGUGAAGUUGUUAAGAAAUUCAAGGAACCCGGCUGUAUAACACCUAACAAUCAACCAACGGGCUUACCAAAUCUGGGGAACACGUGUUACUUGAAUUCACUCCUUCAGGUUCUGAGCUGGACGCCAUUGUUAGGACAACAGCUUGCUGAGCAGUUAUGGAAAUCAAAAGAAUUUCUCAACAUGGAUAACGUACCAGCACGAUUGUUGCGGCUCAUUUUGAACGUUCAUACACAAAAAGGUAUCAGGAUGACAUUACCUCAUUAUCUCCCGGGAAACGUACUACAGGAGGCCAGAAAGCUCAAUGAUCAGUUUAUUGGUUACCGGCAACAAGACAGCUUCGAGAUGUACAACACUCUGAUCGAGGGCGUGGAGAAUAUGGCGAGAUUGGCACCCCUCCAACAAGAAGACAACAGUCAGAUGACAGACAACGAGGUCCUUAUGAAUAAGUCACCAGUAUCAAGGCUUGUAGGAGGCACUUUUGUCACAGUCUGGUACUACGAAUCUUGUGAGCACGUGGAGUUGACGUUCCAGAGAUUCACCAGUGUCAGUGUUCCGGUACCUAAACCACAGACAGUUCACACGAAAACUAAACCCGUGACUGGUGUCAAACGCAAAAGUAGUGACGCUGAGCAUGAUGAUGGAACUUUCAAUGAUACCACGGUUACUCACACGAGAACAUCAAAAAACGAAUUGUUUGCCAAUACCAUAGACGAAAAAGGACAGGAAAAUGAAUUACGGCCUCUGGAAGAUAGUGCCGGACAGGAGAAUUUACCUGAACAGCCUGAAAUCAACAAAGAGAAGAAAAAAAGGAGGAAGAAGAAAAAAACCAGAAGGAACAUGGCUAUGCACGGAAAAACAGGAAAAAAACAAAAGGAAAAUAUGGAUUUAGACGAACAAAAUGUUGUUGAAAACCUUAAUGAACAUAUCGGAAGCAGAUCUUCUAAAAAGGAUGGAAAAGGAGAGGAUCCGGCCCAAGAUGCUCAAACAGAAAACAUUGAAGAACAGAACAGAAACGAGCCGUCAGAAAUGAGUGGAACACAAGAGAAUCAAGCCAAAGUUGCUCAAACGAAAAAGCUUGAUGAACAUAACAGAUAUGCAAUGUCUGAAAUGGGUAGAACACUAGAGGAUCCCGUUCAAGAUGCUCAAACAGAAAACCGUGAUGAACAUUACGGAAACGAACCAUCUGAAAUGGACGGAACACUAGAGGAACCGGCUCAAGAUGCUCAAACAGAAAAGCUUAAUAAACAUUAUGGAUACGCACCGUCUGAAAUGGUUCGAACACUAAAGGAUCCGGCUCAAGAUGCUCAAUCAGAAAACCUUGAUGAUUAUAACGGAAACGCAUCGUCUGAAAUGGGUGGAACACGAGAGAAUCUGGCCAAAGUUGCUCAAACAAAAAACCUUGGCAAAUAUUACGUCAACGCACCGUCUGAAAUGGAUGAAACACUGAAGGAUCCGGCCCAAGAUGCUCAAACAGGCCAUAACAAAAGCACACCGUUAGAAAUGAGUGGAACAGUAGAGACUCUAGUAAAAGUUGCUCAAUCGGAAACGCUUGAUGGACAUAACGGAAACACAUCGUCUGAAAUAGAUGGAACACUAGAGGAUCGAGCCAAAGAUGCUCAAAAAGAACAGCUUGGUGAACAUAACGGAAACGCACCGUCUGAAAUAGGUGGAACACUAGAGGAUCCGGCUCAAGAUGAUCAAACAGAAAACCUUGAUGAACAUAACGGAAACGCAUCGUCUGAAAUAGGUGGCACACUAGAGGAUCCGCCUCAAGAUGCUCUAACAGAAAACCUUUGUGAACAUAACGGAAACGCAUCGUCUGAAAUGGGUAGAACACGAGAGGAUCCCGUUCAAGAUUUUCAAAUAGGAGAGCUUUAUGAACAUUACGGAAACGGACCAUCUGAAAUGGACGGACAACUAGAGGAUCCGGCUCAAGAUGCUCGAAUAGAAAACCUUUGUGAACAUAACGGAAACGUAUCGUCUGAAUUAGGUGGCACACUAGAGGAUCGUCCUAAAGAUGCUCUAACAGAAACCCUUUGUGAACAUAACGGAAACGCAACGUCUGAGAAAUGUGGCACACUAAAGGAUCCGACCCAAGAUGCUCAAACAGAAAGCCGUGUUAAACAUAACGGCAACACACCGACUGAAAUGGGUGGAACACUAGAGGACCCGGUUCAAGAUGCUCAAACAGAAAACCUUGAUGAACAUAACGGAAACGCACCGUCUGAAAUAUGUGGCACACUAGAGGAUCCGGCCAAAAUCGCUCAAUCGGAAAAGCCUGGGGAACAUAACGGCAACACACCGACUGACAUAGGUGGAACACAAGAGGAAUCAGUUCAAGAUUUUCAAAUAGGAGAGCUUUAUGAACAUUACGGAAACGGACCAUCUGAAAUGGACGGAACACUAGAGGAUCCGGCUCAAGAUGAUCAAACAGAAAACCUUGAUGAACAUAACGGAAACGCAUCGUCUUAA